AUGGACGUCUCGGACGCAGAAAUGGAUAUCCAAGAGGUUGCAAGUCCAGUAUUGCACGGCCAAGCUGCACAGAACGACAGAAAUGGCACAGGUGUGAAUGGAUACGAUAAUCCCGAAAUACCCAAAAAUAGCCAUGAUCGGGCCGGCGAUGCAAGCCUGAAGACUACCACAGGCAUUCGCAGUGGCGCUAUUCCCACCGAUCCGGAUUUUGCCAGUCGGAUCAUAAAACCCAUUCCGGAUUUUCCCGUGGCCGACCAAACUCACUAUGUGUGGGAAAUUAGCGACUGGAAUACCACGCGGCGCUCACAAAAGGUCCAGAGUCCCAUGUUCGAGUGUGGUGGCUGUAAGUGGCGCAUUACUCUUUUUCCCAGAUCCAACGCCGAAGCUGUGUCCUUGUAUCUUGAGCCUCAAUCUCCCGCUAAGCUUAGACAGGUGGAACUUGCGGCUGCAGCUGUAAAGGGCACCAAAACAGACGUCGAACCGGCGGAUGCAGACCAGAAACAGGAGGACAGUAAAUGGUAUGUCUGUGCUCAGUUUGCACUUGACAUUUGGAACCCAGAGAAUGCUAGCGCACAUAUCCCCAAUACUGCCCACCAUCGAUUCACAUCUAGGGAACAAGACUGGGGGUUUUCAGCAUUCAUUUCUCCUCGUGAGCUCACAGCUCGAGGCAUUAUGCUGGACAACAAAGUAAACAUAUCUGCAUGCGUACGAGUCCUUGAUGACUCGUGUACUGGAGUGUUAUGGGGUGAUUUUGCAGGAUAUGAUUCCAAAACAAGCACAGGAUUUGUUGGUUUAAACAAUCAAGGUGCCACAUGCUACCUCAAUCUGCUUUUGCAGCUGUACUUUGUCACGGGAGCGUUCAGAGCGCUAGUUUAUGAAAUCCCAACUGAUUCUGAGGAUUCAUCUCAGAACAAACAUGCUGACACACUUGUCAAUGGGUCGAUUGUCAAUGCUAUUCGUGAUCUUAAUAUCAUAGAUGGACAUGCAGUGACUGAUGUGGUAGCCCAAUUGAGCAAUGCAAAACCUCCUGAGGAAAAUGCAAAGUCCUCCCCCGACAAGGCUGCCUUAAAGCGCGCUCGUAUUGUGGCAUUAGCUAUGCAACGUGCCUUCGCGCAUAUGCAACUGGAAACAUCUCCUGUUUCGACUUUAGAGGUCACCAAAUCCUUUGGAUGGGACUCUUCCGAUGCCUUUACUCAACACGACGUUCAAGAACUCAACCGUAUUCUCAUGGAUAAGCUUGAGCUGGCAAUGCUCGGCUCUCCGGUCCAAAACAGGCUCAACUCACUUUUUGUGGGUGCUAUGAAGUCUUACGUAAAGUGUGUCAAUGUCCAAUAUGAAUCCUCGCGUGUCGAGCCCUUUUGGGAUAUUCAAUUGAAUGUGCGAGGCUUGCAAAAUUUGCAGGAAUCCUUUAAGAAUUAUGUGGAGCCCGAACUCUUGAGCGGUGACAACAAAUACGAUGCUGGCGAAGAACACGGCUAUCAAGAUGCAAAGAAGGGUGUGCACUUUCAGUGGUUCCCACCUGUCCUUCACUUGCAGCUCAAAAGGUUCGAGUAUGAUUUCAUGGUAGAUGAUCUCGUCAAGAUUGAUGAUUUGUACGAGUAUCCAGACCUGAUUGAUUUGAGCUCCUACUUAGGAGACGUUCCUGAUUCCAUCCGCAAUCAAAAUUGGGUUUACAAAUUGCAUGGAGUGUUGGUGCAUCAGGGAACUGUCUCAAAUGGUCAUUACUAUGCCAUGUUGAAGCCUUUUGGCGAAACGAAAGAAGGAGAGACCGGCUGGUUCCGUUUUGACGAUGACAGGGUUUGGAAAGUCACAUCUACUGAGGUGUUUCACGAAAACUUUGGAGCCCGCCAGCUCUCCCCGCAAGUCUUGCGCAAUCUGUCUCGCUCAGAACAACAAGAGUAUUAUCUUCGUAGAGCUACAUCGGCGUACAUGUUGGUAUACUAUAGAGAGGAGGCUUUGCCAACCAUUUUACCCAACACUGAAAUUGUUGUUCCUAGUCAUGUCAGAGCGCAGAUCGAAGCAGAAAAGGAAGCUACUCUUGCUCGAUCCCGCCAGCGCAUAGAAGCUCUCCAUUACUUAACUGUGAAUUUAGUAGCCGUCGAUAAUUUCAAGAAAUAUUCCGGCUUUGACAUCUUCCCGGAUCCAAGUCUCAAGAGGAGCCUGGGUAGAGUUGACUUCGAUCCUGAUAGCUAUCCAGAUCAGAUCAAAGUUCGGAAAGAUGCCAAGAUUCGAGACUUGCUCCGCUUGAUAGCAAAUAAGUAUGGCUACGACUCAGAAGCGGAUUUCCCUUUCUCCGUGUAUCCAUUGAAGCCACGCGCAAACAAAACUUCUCGCCCUGAGUCAUUGAUUUCGGAGGAUGCUAUGAACGAAACCGUCAUGAGUUUUUAUUUGAAACACUUCAAGAAACGUGGCGAAGAAAUGGUUCUUUUUGUGUAUCAGCCAGAGAAAGAUUUGAUGGCUGGAUCCAAAGAUGAACUAACCUCGUCUGCAAACGAAGAGGAUGUGAUUUUAUUUCUCAAGUACUACAAUGCCGAUACAAAUGAAAUCACUGGGUUAUCCUAUGUUUCUACAAAGAAGUACACUGUGCUUUCACAGCUUUUACCUCUUGUCAAUGCUGCUUUGCAUCUUCCAGCUGGAUCAAAUUUGGAUCUUUUGGAGGAGGUUUCAAAUGUUCGUAUCGAACCCUUACAAGCAGAUUUGACCGUUGAAAAAAAUGAGCUAGUUACAGGAGAUAUCAUUACGGUGAGCUUGCCUGGACUCACCGAUGCUGUUCAUGAGAAGUACACUUUUCUACACACUAGAGUACGUGUGAGCAUCAGUCCCAGCAAAAUCACCGAGGAGAAUGACUUUAUUGUUAGUUCCCCUGUAGUCGCUGAUCCACCUGCACCGAUAGAAAUGUGGAUUUCGAGCGCCUGGACAUACGAAGAACUUGCCAAAAGCGUAGCUUCUCAACUCCACGAAAAUGUUAAUCCCGACCAUUUACGUCUCUUCCUCGUCGAGCAGGAUCUUGACGGAGACUCUGAAGACGGCGAGAGUCAGAUUGCAAAACGGUAUCCUCUUCCCAGCACUGUGAAAUUGCAUCAAGUAUUCUCCAAGUUACAUGCCGCUGGCACUACCCACCUCGAAUAUGAAGUGCUUUCAGUUCCAUUACUAGAGUAUGAAAGCAUGCGCAGCAUAAAUGUUCAUUGGCUAUCUACAGUUUUGAAUCCACAGCUGAUAAGAGUGUUCAUUUCCAAGACCAGUACUGUUGGUGAUGUGAUAAGCAAGGUUAUCGAGGACUUGAGCUUACCGAAGGAGCUUUGGGGUGGUAUUUUGGCAUGGACAUCUGUGAUGUUCAAGUACGGGGAUCUCAUGAAAUUCGACAUGAGCAUUGAGGAGAUUCCGGCAAAUGCAGACUUGUGCUGCGGUUACUUCCCGAUUGAGGUCAGUAUUCUCGUCGAUUACAACAUGUACAAGCCCUAUACUUCGAAUGGAACCUCGGCAGCUGUUAGCAAAAAUCUUGGCCCAGAAUUCGAUUUUGUGCACGCUAAUGAGGUGAAAAAAUGUGAACAGCACGAGAAAUCGCUCAAUUUUAUACCUGUUUUCCACUUCCAAAAACUGACCACAUAUGUGCACAGUGCUCCAUUCAUACUCAUAGUUUUCCCAGGAGAAAAAUGGCCUGAGACGGCUCGGAGAUUGAGUCAAAAGCUUGGGCUUGAUCCCAAAACCGCUUUUGACAAAAUGCGCGUUGCUCUUGCCGAUGAAAAUGACAAGGGCAGGUAUCUUGAAUUGAACACCGACAUGGUGUUGUUUGACGAAAUCAAAAGACAUGACUCCUCGGUUUCUUUGGCUUUAGAUCAUCGUGAACGUAAUCCUCGGCGUUCAUAUGCGCAAGAGAAAGGUAUUUCCAUUGGUUGA